AAAGUAUAUGAGCUAUGAGUUCAAAGUAGCUAGCUAAAUAACAUAAUAUGCAUAUAUUCAGCACCUGAAACUGAAAUUGAGUGGCCUUAUUAUAUAAGAUCAUUGUAGGGAACACACUUCGGAGGCACAUCCUAGGCCUCAAUGAAACUUGACAUUGGAAUAAGAUCAACAAUUGAACAUGGAAAAAAUGUCUUCAACCAAAACCAGAAAAUUAUCCAUCUAGGAAAACAAGGAAAAGUUGAAGAAGCCAAAAGGGUGUUCUCAAAUGUAAUCCACAAAAACCAUGCCACAUAUAAUUCCAUGAUAUCUGUGUUUGCCAAAAAUGGUAGAGUUAGUGAGGCACGACAACUGUUUGAUAAAAUGUCUCAAAGAAACCUUAUUUCUUGGAACACUAUGAUUUCUGGGUAUCUUCACAACAACAUGGUUGAAGAAGCUAAUAAGUUGUUUAAUGUAAUGCCAGAAAGAGAUAAUUUUUCGUGGGCUUUGAUGAUAACUUGCUAUACGCGUCAAGGGGAGCUUGAAAAGGCUAGAGAAUUGCUUGAGUUGGUUCCUGAUAAGUUGGACACUGCUUGUUGGAAUGCAAUGAUUGCUGGUUAUGCAAAGAAGGGUCGGUUUGAUGAUGCUGAGAAAGUUUUUGAACGGAUGCCGGUUAAGGAUUUGGUUUCUUAUAAUUCUAUGUUAGCUGGUUAUGCGCAGAAUGGAAAAAUGGGUUUGGCUAUGCAAUUUUUCGAGAAGAUGGCAGAGACGAAUGUGGUUUCAUGGAACUUGAUGGUGGCUGGGUUUGUUAAUAGUUGUGACUUGAGUUCUGCUUGGAAAUUGUUUGAGAGGAUUCCAAAUCCUAAUGCUGUUUCUUGGGUUACGAUGUUGUGCGGGUUUGCUAGACACGGAAAUAUUGUAGAGGCUAGGAAACUCUUUGACAGAAUGCCUUGUAAGAAUGUGGUUUCUUGGAAUGCGAUGAUUGCAGCCUAUGUCCAAGACUUACAAAUUGAUGAAGCUGUUAAGUUGUUCAAAGAAAUGCCAUAUAAAGAUUGUGUAUCAUGGACUACAAUAAUUAAUGGGUAUGUUCGGGUUGGUAAGCUUGAUGAAGCACACAAAAUUUACAAUCAGAUGCCUUACAAAGACAUAGCGGCGAAAACAGCAUUGAUGUCAGGACUAAUGCAGAAUGGAAGGAUAGAUGAGGCUAGUCAAGUUUUCAGUCAACUCGGUAAACGUGAUGCAAUUUGUUGGAACAGCAUGAUUGCAGGCUAUUGCCAGAGUGGAAGAAUGGGUGAAGCUCUCAAUCUAUUUAGACAAAUGCCUGUUAAGAAUGCUGUUUCGUGGAAUACUAUGAUUUCGGGAUAUGCUCAGUUGGGACAGAUGGAUAGAGCAGCAGAGAUCUUUGAGGCAAUGGUGGAAAGAAAUAUUAUUUCCUGGAAUUCUCUUAUUACAGGGUUCCUUCAAAAUAAUUUAUACUUGGAGGCUCUCAAGAGUUUGGUUUUGAUGGGGAAGGAAGGAAAGAAACCUGAUCAAUCAACUUUUACAUGUUCCUUAAGUGCAUGUGCUAAUCUUGCUGCUUUGCAAGUAGGCAAGCAACUGCAUGAAUACAUCCUGAAAAGUGGUUACAUAAACGACUUAUUUGUUAGCAAUGCUCUGAUUGCCAUGUAUGCAAAAUGCGGAAGUGUACAAAGUGCUGAACAAGUGUUUAAAGAUAUUGAAUGUGUUGAUCUUGUUUCUUGGAAUUCCUUGAUUUCAGGCUAUGCUUUGAAUGGAUAUGCCAAUGAGGCAUUUUGGGCCUUUGAACAGAUGUUAUCAGAAGGGACGGGACCUGAUGAGGUUACCUUUAUUGGGAUGUUGUCAGCUUGCAGUCAUGCCGGUUUAGCCAAUCAGGGUUUGGAUUUAUUUAAAUGCAUGAUUGAAGAUUUUGCUAUUGAACCCUUGGCUGAACACUACAGCUGCCUAGUUGACUUGCUUGGCCGAAUGGGUAGGUUAGAGGAAGCGUUCAACAUAGUGAGGGAGAUGAAAGUGAAAGCAAAUGCUGGAUUAUGGGGUUCACUGCUUGCAGCUUGUCGUGUACACAAGAACAUGGAACUUGGUGAAAUUGCUUCUGUGAGGCUUUUAGAACUCGAGCCGCAUAACGCCUCCAAUUAUAUUACCAUGUCAAACAUGCAGGCUGAGGCUGGAAGGUGGGAAGAGGUUGAAAGAUUAAGAGUGCUAAUGAGGGAGAGAGAAGCUGGAAAGCUACCAGGCUGUAGCUGGAUUGAAGUACAAAAUCAGAUACAACAUUUUGUCUCGGACGAUCCAGGAAAGCUGAGAACUGAAAAUAUUCAAAUUAUAUUGAAUACUUUAUUUGCACACAUGAGAGACAAGAGUAACAUAUCUGACAUAAAAUCAGUUUUUGACAUAUUAUGAUCGGAGUUAAGGUCUUCAUUGGUAGAUUGGUUAACGUUUUUAGCACUGAAGAUCAAGUGGGAGUGGUUGUUUCCCUGCGGUAGCGGUGAUUCAACGAGGAUUUAAACAGGGGGCGAUUGUUGUUGUGCGGCGAAGCUGCUUGGGAAUCACAGUGAGAGUGAUGAUGUCGUGUGGUGUGUGGUGUGGUGGCUGUGAUUCAACAACUAUUUUGCAAAUCAUUCUCUCACCACAUGGUUACAAUAUCUCGGCUUUGAUUUUGGCACAUUGUCCCUAUUCACAUUGGAUGAAGCUAACUUGCAGUGAUUUUGUUUAGCCAAAGCCAAUUUGGCCUAUGCUUGGAUAAAUUUUAGUUUUGGUCUGAAAUCUCAUUCUCUCACUCUAUGAAGCAUAGAAAUUUGGUCUGAACUGAUUGUUUCAAUAGUUUCCAUAUGAAGCUUGAAGAAAGCACAAAGGUGGAAGCUUAGGUGCAAAACAUCAUGCCUCUCUCAUUGUCUCAUGCAAGGUUCAAGUUCAAGCAAAAAUUAAAUUUUAAUGGCCAAGAUCUCCUUAGUUAUUAAAACUGUAGAGAAUUUGGAUUCAUAUUAACUUGACUUUUUCUGUUGCCAUGUAACAAGAAAAUGAAGUUUUAGACAUUUGGGGUGGCCAAUAUGGUUUUUGCAUCAUUGUAUUUCUAGUGGAAAAAGACAUUGAUGAAAGUUAUUUAUUU